AUGAUCUCCAGGAGUGAAGCCCAGAGGCAGAAGGGCGAUGAGCUCCGAAUGCGUGCUGCUGGUAUUGAUCCCACCAAAGUCGACGAGCAAUGGGCAGGAGAGGUCAUGUCUCGUCGGCACAAAAAGGAAGUCAAGGUUGACGAGGCACAAGAAAAAGAGAAAAAAGAAGCGGCAGAUCUGGCGAUGGACAAGCGGGAGGUUGUGCACAAAAGGCCAGAAGGGCGCCUGAAGUGGCUGCACAAAGCCUUAGUUCUGGCCUCAAAGGGCCGGGUUUCCAUGCCCACGAUCUACGAUAUUGUGAAGUCCUCUCAGUUCACCUCGGGCAUGAACUCAAAGGUCGGACUGCAGAUCAAGGGCAUGGUGCUCGCCAACCUCCAUCUCUUCAAGAAGGAGCAGCAGAAAACCCUGCAGCACAGCAGGCUCAUGAGCUUCUCUGAGGAUGGCUCCGUGCCAACAGGCAACUCCGACAGCGAGGAGUCCAAGCGAAAACGAAAGAGACGGAGAUCCAGCUACAGCAGUGACGAUUACAGCCGCAGCCGAAGUAGCAGCUACAGCCGGCAUCGCAAGAAGAAGAAGAGCAAGAAGGAGCACGAUGAGGACAGCAAGCCGAAGGCGAAGGAGAAAGAGAAGGAAAAGGAGAAGGCGAAGGACAAGGAGAAGGACAGAGCCAAAGAUAGGGAAAAGGAGAAGCAUGAAGACCAGAAGGAUGCCAAAAAGAAGGACAAGAAGCAGAAGGGCAAGUCUGAUGAAGAUGCGGAUGGGGACAGGGCGAAGGAGAAGCACAAAGACAAAGAGAAGACGAAGGAUGAAGACUCCGGCAAGAAGAAGAGCAAGAAGGACAAGUCAAAGGACCAGUUUUGCAGUGAAAUAAUGACCGUCAUGCUUCUUUCUUGGACAGGCAGGAGUGACGGAAACUGCGUCGUCUCCUUCCCAUCGCCGCAGGAAGCCUCGCAGUGGCUUCUGUGUGUGUCUCUGGUGAGGAGCUGGCUGCAGGUUCGAACGCUCGAGGCCCUGAGCCAGCAGCAGAAAUGCCCAGCAGCAGCAAGGCAUCACAACGCUCCGACGGUGCUCAGUUCCAAGGCUGAUCGCGAGCACGCGAUGGCUGACCUGGCAGGAUAUGCGGCUGCGAAGAAGCGCCAGAAAUGGCCGAAACUCCACGAAGCCUCGCCGCCUGGCAGAGCUGAGGAUCUUCCGCAGUUCCUCAACAUGUUGCAGUGCCGGGACGCUGCCGAACGUGUGGCGGCCCUCGACUCCGUGAACCAUGGGAUCUUCCAGACGGACACAAACCUCUUCCGCAAGGUCGUCCCAAUGCUGAACGACCCCGUCUGGGAUGUCAAGCGAGCUGCAGUUCACCUGCUGUCUGAGCUUGGGCCACUCUUCGACGACAGCACGACCGAGAGCUUGAACCGACUGCUCUUUCACUAUGACCCAGUGGUGCAGUUAAUGAUUGCUUAUGUGCUGAAGAAUGUGGAGGGUGCCGAUGACUACUUCAGACAGGUCUUGUCUGACCGCACGAUAGCUCAAGCUUCUGUGGGCCGGUUUGGAGGAAUUCUAGAGUUCCUCGGUGCAGAUUUCAAAGAUGAUCGGGAGAUCGUUAUGACGGCCGUGUCGCAGGACGGUCGAUCAUUGAAGUAUGCCAAGCAGGAUUUCCGAGACGAUGAAGAGGUCGUGCUCGCUGCAGUUGCUCAGAAUGGAUGCGCAGUACAUUGUGCAAACCAGGACAUCAUCGACCGACAUGCAGGUCUCCGCGCUCUUCGCGAGGGACGAGGUAUUUCCCUCUGCGGUGACUACCUGGUGAUGAACCAGAUUGGCAAAGGUGUCUAUGGUGAGGUCACAAGAGCCGAGCACAUGAUCACCGAGAACGUCGUGGCCAUCAAGAAGCUGCACUAUGACCAGGAGGAUGUGUUGAAAAACGGUAUCUCGCCACAGACUCUCCGUGAAGUGGCACUGCUGCGCAAGUUGAAGCGUCUUGGCUUCUCUGAGUGUCUGUGA